CAUUUAAUUUCUUAAAAAAAAAAAAAGAAAGCACUAGGAAAUUUCCAAAGAUACAAAAUCAUUCCCUCUUGUAUCUCCCUCGCCAUUAGACGCACCGAAACAAAACGGUUACUUACUUCACAAAUCGUUGUACUCUCUGCAGAUUUUCUCCUCAGAGCCACCACGAUUUUUCCCUCAAUCUACUUCUAAUCCAAGCCAUGGAUUCAGCUACUCCAAAGAAGAGGAGGUGUUUGCUGUUUGAUCUAAUUCAGCCUGCAGAACCAUUAGCAGCUGCUGAAGCAAUACAAGAUCCACCACAAGCUGUGGAACCUCAACCACAAGAGACCAUCAACGGGCAAUACACAUGUCCUAGUAACUUCAGAGACAGGUGUGCCCUGUUUGGUUGUGAAGUAGCUCUUCAGUCUCCUCAAGAAGAGGUCUAUUACUGCUGUAGCAAGCAUCUCCAGUUCUCUGAACUAUGGUCCUCCUCUGAAACAAAGGCAUACCAAGUUUACGAUGGCUUGGAAAAGGACAGAACAGAACCCUUGUCGUUUGCUUGCCUCCUUCUCAAACUUGAUGGAGUUGAUUCUGGGAUUCCAACCCUGGAUACAGACCUUGUUUUCUCCAAGGUUCCUUGGGAGACGGGAGAUGUCUUCCGGCAAAGCUACGUACCAACUUACACAAGCCGGGAUUGGUUCUUCUUUGCUAAACCUCCUCCAACUCACAAGAGAUUGACCUCUGAGUCUGGUAUGGACUGCCAGUGGCAUGCACAGCAUCACAAACUGAUACCCUUUGACCAGCAGUAUAUUAGAUCCACUACUCAUAACCUCCGUACGAAUCAGAAAUCGGAGAAAGAAAGACAUGGUGAGUGGAGGUUAUAUCAGUUUCUGUACAAAGGCCUUUCCUUGUACUGCCUUUCACACAUAGUCACCCCCAAAGAACCAAAACCUGCUCGACCAUCUUCAAAAACGACAAAGACAAAGGCUCCCGACUCUAGUGAUGAUGCUCAAGGGGAAGGUGAAGGCAGUGGAGAAAGGGAUAAGAAUCAAGGCAAAGAGUCCACCACGUCUACAACUACCACAUCAAAUGUUACAAACCACAAUCUCGGUUCUCAAUUCUUGUCAAACGUCAAAACUUUCACACCAGAUGGUGCAGUAAUGAUUCUUACCAAGAACAUCUUUGUGGUAGACCCCGUUUUGGAAGACAAGGCUUUCUCUGUGAGUGACAUUAAUAGCGGAUGGUGUAAGCUCGCUCAGUUGAGAAAGGCUUCUACGAUAUCUGGAUAUGCAAACCCAAUUCAAGAUUUUGAAGGCAUGAUAUCCCGUAGAGUUGGCAAUGCUUGGAAAGAUAGAGCAUUCAGUGACAUGGAGAUAGUACUUAAAGGCUUGGUCUUGGAACAGGUUGAAAAAGAUGAUGCAUUCGGCCACGCGGGUCAAAGGAAGAAGUGAGAAAAUGCUGACAUGUAAAGUUGAAUCAGAAGGUUUGCUGUUAGAGGAAGCGGAAGUUUAAAAUAGAUUGUUUCUUCUCUCUUGUCAUCUUAUGCAUUUAGAACUGAGAAAUUAGUGUGCAACCUAUGGAAGAUUUGUAUUAGACAGUUGAUCGUAUAUGUCAUUGUGGUGACUGAUUUCAAUAGCUCUUGAGACUAGUUUCCUGGUUGUGAUUGCUUGGUUAAUCAAUAAUACAAGAGUUGGAUUCAUUGGAAGAA